UUAUAAGUGGAACCAGAGGCAUAGCGACGCUGGUCGCGCAUUGGGGCUUGGCUGGUGGUUUAUGCCGAGGGGGUUGUGGGCAUUAGGGUUCGGCGCAUGAGCUGCGUGCAGACUGCCUGAAAUAUCUUGGUCUUUCAGAGACACCAUUUAGUACUAUGAGUAACAAGGAUUUUUAUCUUCGUUACUAUGUCGGACAUAAAGGCAAAUUUGGUCACGAGUUUUUGGAAUUCGAAUUUCGGCCUGAUGGCAAGCUUCGCUAUGCCAACAACUCCAACUACAAGAACGACACUAUGAUCCGUAAAGAGGCGUAUGUUCACCGCUGUGUCAUGGAGGAGCUGAAGCGCAUCAUUGCUGACUCAGAGAUCAUGCAGGAGGAUGAUGCCCUGUGGCCCCAGCCAGACCGUGUCGGCCGCCAGGAGUUGGAGAUCGUCAUCGGAGAUGAACACAUCUCCUUCACCACGUCCAAAAUCGGCUCUCUAGUUGAUGUCAACAACUCAAAAGACACCGACGGCUUGCGCUGCUUCUACUACCUGGUGCAGGACCUCAAGUGUCUGGUGUUCUCUCUCAUUGGGCUCCACUUCAAGAUUAAGCCUAUCUAACGUCGCCAAUCAACAACCCAUUACAACCGGCCUGUCUUGUGUGCUUGUGUAGCCUAACCUUCAAAACGCCGAACUCGCUAUCAUAAUACACACCUUGUUUGAUAAAA